AUGUCCUCACGACUUGGCAAUCUCAAAGCCUCUGCUUCAGAAGCAGCAUCCCACUUACUAGAAACAUUCUUUAAUAAGUCCAUUACUCGUCGUCAACUCAUCGAUGCGAACCAACUACAAAAACUCGCCCUCACCCUCAAUCGGCCCACCUUGAACGGUAAAGACGUUUCUGAGCAUCCACCUACCAAGGGAACACCUGUACCGCCUGGUUAUCACCUUGUGUAUUUCACUCCGAAUGGCACGGAAGCAGAACUCGGUAAUGAUGGGAGCGACACGACGUUUAAUGUAUCUGCACCUUUUACAAGAAGGAUGUGGGCUGGAGGCAAGAUGACUUGGGCGACUGACCUGUCGCUUCGUGUGGGUGAUGAUGUUCAUGAGACAACAAAGCUUUUGAGUGCGACGCCCAAGAAGAGUCGAUCGGUUGGUGAGAUGGUGCUUGUGGAAGUCGAGAAAGAGUACUGGGGUACAAAAGGCUUGCUAUUGAAGGAUCGUCGAUCAUGGGUGUUUAGGCCUGAAAUUGACCUAGAUGCGGUCAAGGAAGUGCCAAAACCCCUUGAGAACACUGUCCGAGGCCCAUCUAUCAUUAAGGAUAUUGAUGCUCAAAGUGAGGAGGGUCAUCCUGGUGAAGUUGUCCAUGGACCUCUGAACCUGAUUAACCUACUUGACUACUGGCGGGACAUCCACGGCAACGGUGAAAGACCUCGGGAAAUCUCAUACAGAGCUUUGUCGCCGUUAUAUGCUGGCCAAACUUACAAUAUCCGAACUGACGCCAUCAAGAACACAGAGAAUGGAAAGACGUGGGAUGUUCUCGUGGAAAGAGAGGGAACAGUCUGCAUGAAGAGCGAAAUCACUGCGUAG